GUUUCGUUCGUUUCAGUUUAAACAGUGAUUGCACGACGCGCAACGCGUCAGUCUCAACGCAAACUCGACGAAAAUCGCAACUCAUAAUCGUAACGAACUAAGCGCGCUAGUCAAUAACGCGUCGGCGGCGAAUGUUCAAAGAAAAUACAAAAAAAUAGUAAAAUAGAAAGAAACUUUUACUUAAGUUUUUUCUCUAAGUGAACGCACUAGACUUAAGCGAAGCAAACGUUGAUUAAGCUAAAUCUUUCAGAUGUCUUGGAAGUGUAUUUUUAAUUUUGCCUUUAAGCAAAUGUUUUAAAUAACAUAAUGUCGAUUCGAACCACGACGACACAUGCCUGUCCAACAACGACCACGCCCACAUAUCGUACCCCUUCACCCCACAACAUUAUGCACACACACUUAGCAACAACAGCGGCAAUGUCUAAUUUAAGUACGAGUAAUGUAAAUGAUAACCGCCCAACAACAAACAACACCCGACAGCACACGACGACCCUCCUUAAUACGAUGUACACACAAGCGGAGAGCAUCAGUUGGCGUUUGCGCCAGUAUUGCAUAGAGGCCAUAACAGCGAAUAGCAGACGAAGAAGAAGAAGGCGUGAUGAUAAUAACAAUAACAACAACAACAACAACAGCAACACCAAUUACAGCGGUAGCAACUAUACAACGAAUUGCAGUAGCAGUAAUUGCAUAGAAAGCAACAACAACAACAACAAUAAUAAUAUUAGCAACAACAAUAACAAUUACGCAUAUAGCACACCUUCGAAUGCGGCGCUACCUGACGCUGAUCAUAACAACAACAAUAACAACAGCUAUAUGAGUAACAAUAACAAUGAUAAUACUAGCAGCAGCAGCAAUAAUAGAAACUUAAGUAAAACAACAACAACAACAACAAUGCUAAGUUCACCCGCAAUACAAGUGUACAAUGUGAUUGCGCAAAGCUUAAGUAGUUCUUCCACGGCGUUCACCUACAUCACGGCUUUGCUGCUGCUCGCCACGCUAUGUUCCUUCUGCGCUGCCUCACCCUGCGACCGGAACAGCUGGUGGGACCCGGUAAAGGACAAAUGUAUUCCGUGUACUGUGUGCGAGGACGGUCUGAUACCGUUGCGUCCGUGUCAAUUUCAAUGUGACACGAUAUGCGGUUCCAUCUACGAUCUGAAGAUCGAUUGGUUGGUGCUGGCGAAAACGGAGCCCAACUGGAAGGAGCGCCGAAAGGAUGAGGACAACUAUGAUUUGGAGCAGCAAUUGACACACGAGGAAUUACAGCAAUUGCAGGACGGCUCACUGCCGAUGGAUUGGCAGACAAUGGCGCUUUUUAUGGCCGUAUUGGCGUGCUUAAUCUUCUUCAUCAUAGCCGCUGGCAUUUUGGUGCAUCAUAUGCGGCAAUGGCGGCGUAUGGAGCGUCGUCUCGAUCAAGAUGUUGAAGAAUUAUCUACAAAAUUAAUGGCGAAAUUAGCUGAAGUACAGAGUAUGGAGGGCGGAACAUUCUUUAUUGGCAAUGCCGAUGCAUUAGGUGUAUCAACGAAUUUCCAGCCGCAACAUGUGCUAUUACCGGAAAAACCGGCAAAACAUCAUGAACGGCGUAUCUUAAAAACAUUACAACCGGGUAAUGUUUAUAUUGAGGAAAAUGGCUCGAAAGGAUGAGGCAGACACGCUGCAACUAUAAGUUCUUGCAACAAUGUGGCGAACGUUAGCAUUUAGCAUUGGAAAUAAGAAAAUGAAGUCAACGCAAACACUUUUUUAGUGGGACGAAAUAUUCAAAUAACGUAAUUAUAUGUUGAGUGAAAGUAACAACGUGAAUACCACUUAAUUAAAAUGAAAACAAAACGAUGUUUAACAAGUAAUUAAAGCAACAAACAAACCGUAAAAAAUGUGACUUUAACUACUUAUCUAGAUGCUAUAAAUGGAAGUAUAAUUUGGCAUGCGCUAUAAAAAACUAUAAAAAUCAAAAGAAAAUGGAAUGGAAAAUAUAAAAGCAAUAAAAAUAAAGUCACCAUAAUUUCCGCUAUUUUUUAUAUUUUAAUGUACAAAUAUUCGUAUAUAAUCAUAGUGUAUAGCAUUCGUACAAUACCCUGUGAGAAAUUUUGAGCAUAACGGGAAUUAUAAUUUUUUUUACGGGAUUUUUGUGUGUUUGCAAACAAAUAUUGUAUAUUAGCGAGAGAAAUAGUUCCAAGGUAUAUAUUUAAUAUUAAGACAUUAAUUUUCAAAUUAUUCUUGUUAAUUUUGAGUAAUAAUGUUGGUUUAAGGUAAAAUGUGACACUUACCCGUGGAUUUCCAAAACCUUUUUUAGUUAAUUUUGUAUUUUUUUUCAAUACUUUGUUAGUUUUUAAUAUUUUUCCUUUACUAAUAACCAAACUAAAUAUUAUUGCUGCUCUGCGCCCCAGUGGUCCAGCAGCAAACUACAGAAAGCUAACGGAGCUUUUACCUGUUCUCAUACGGCAGCUAUUGAAAUUGAGCUGCCUGUCCUAGCAAGCUCAUCAGCCCUGCGGUUUCCUACAAUCUCCAUGUGGCCAGGCACCCAAACCAAUCUAAUCCUAAAGUAACUUGAGCAUAGAGAUAAGGAGUUUAGACAACCCCUCCCCAACCAGUCUUGAGCAUACAAUCAGCGCACAGCAAGGUUAAUAUCGGUGCCCUACUAACAGAGUGGAUAGUCGCCAUUCUGAAGAAGGCUACACUCUGGGCCACCAGAUCUACUGCUAUCUUUAUGGCAGCAACCUCCACCUGGAAGACGCUGCAGUGGUCAGGAAGCCUAUAACUUGAGUUGCUGUUCGCAGAUAAAUUAAUUGGGGGAAAAAUAUAUGUGCUUCCCACGUUUGAAGCAACUUUUUACUUAAAAUUCGUCUUAAAAAAUUUGAAAUUUAAGCAAAAGUUAGCUUAAAAAAUUUUCAGUGAAAAGCUACUAAUCUAAAACGCAGUGUUGUAUUUCGCAUUUCUCAAUUCGUUUCUCGCAGGGUGUGCUUGUAUAACAGCAACUACGUGUACAUAUACAAUUAAAGUGUGAACAUUUUGAAUUUUAUGGCUUAUAUAACGGAACUAUGUACUCGUUUAUUCACAAAAGUAGCGAACACAUGUACAUAUAUACAUAUAUGCAUGACAUUAAUGUACAUAUGUAUGUACAAGUUAUGGUAUAUUUGUGGUUAGAAUAUUUUGCUCUACUAAUAUUUACCCACAUUCUUUGUUGUUGACUUGUUGUAAAAAUAUUAUUGUGUAAUUAACAGUAAAAAACAAAUAUUUUUUCUAA